AUGUCAAUCUAUACAAUCUCAGACCUCACCUAUAUCUCACGCCACCAAUUGGCGCCACUAGUCCGCGAGCAGAAUGCAGGCUUAGCAGUAAUAGAUGUGCGAGAUAGCGACUACAUCGGUGGCCACAUCCGGGGAUGCCAAAAUGUACCCACUGCCACGCACGACUACCGGAUUCCCGAACUGGUUCGGACGCUGAAGGAAAAGGACACUGUGGUCUUCCAUUGUGCGCUUUCGCAGCAACGAGGUCCAUCAAGUGCUCUCAAGUAUCUACGUGAGCGGGAGCGGUUGCAGGGCAAGGGUGCACAGGAGAAGCAGAAGGUGUAUGUUCUGGAUGGCGGAUUCUCGAAAUGGCAAGAGGACUAUGGCGACGACAAGGAACUUACAGAAGGCUACGUGAAAGAUUUAUGGGACAACUACUGA